CUCUUUUGCUUGCCUUCUCUACCUGCUAGAGUAAUGGUUUUUGCUUCUUUGCAGGUUGUCAGGCUGACAGAUUUUCGCGUACCAGGAGCUGAUGCCAAAAAUAUCUUCUACUUGAGAGAAAUUGAUGAUGCCGAUAAGCUUGUAGAAGUUAUUAAAGCAAAGAAGAAUGCAAAGGUCGUGGUUGUUGGAGGAGGGUACAUUGGCAUUGAGCUUAGUGCAGCUUUGAGAAUCAACAAUUUUGAUGUCAGCAUGCUUGUUCCUGAAAUGUUUCGACUUUUCACUUCUGACAUAGCUGGUUUCUAGGAGAGUUAUUAUGAAAAGAAAGGAGUCAAAAUUAUUAUACACAUUUCUG